AGGACAGAUCCUGCAGCUGAGGAUCAGGUAGCCCGGCGGACAGAACCGGCGUCUCGCCAUGGCCACCGCGCGCUUCCCCGGGAAGAGUGUGGACGUGGCUGCCGCCAACUGGACAGCUCCAGCGCUGGGUCGGCCAGUGUGUGUCAACGGGACGCCGUGGAUCCUUUACCUGCUGGAGGAGUGUGUGGAUAAUGUGUGGGAGUACUGCAGCGUGGUGAUAGGACUCAUAUCCAUGUUCUGUUUUCUGCUGUCCACUCUGCCGCAGGUCUAUGAGGCCUAUCGGAACGGUAAAGUGGAAGAGGCCAUGUCUUUCGGCUUUUUUUUCUUCCUCUUCAGUGGAGACUUGACCAGCUUUGCAGGCUGCUACCUCACCAACCAGCUGCCUAUUCAGGUAGUCACAGUGGUGUUCUACAUCUUCACAGACCUGAUCCUCAUCUCACAGUUUCUCUACUAUAAGAUCAAAAACAACUCCAGCAGAAAAAGCCCUGUGUUGAAGUGGCUGUGCUUCAUGUGGUGUGGCGCUGCUUCCUUAGUUCUCCUGGCUUUACCCAAACUCAUCAUUGACAACAGUUCAACUUUAGACACCCAGAGUCCAACUACCUCUAAAUCAGUGGAAAACACUGGCUAUAUAUGUGGAUACCUGGCAUCCAUCUUCUACCUCUGCUCCCGUUUUCCCCAACUCUAUAAAAAUUUCCAGCGUCAGUCUACAGAGGGCACCUCUUACCUGUUGUUUGCCCUGGCCAUGAUGGGCAAUGGAACAUAUGGGUUGAGCGUCAUCGUGGUCCUGCCUGCACUGAAGGGCUCCAAACAGACCUUCAUCAUCAAACAUCUGGCCUGGCUCAUCGGCAGCCUGGGAGUCCUCAUACUUGACUUCUUUGUGACUGCCCAGUUCAUCAUGUACAGGAAAAACAGCUCUGCUAAAAGCAGCACACUACUCAGUGUCCCAGAGGUGGAGCCUCUACUGUGUGAGGAAGUGGAACUGUCACUGUUAUAGGACACAGAAUGGACACCGAAAUGGACCACGCAGUCGAGAAUGGACUGUUCAGUCUAUGGUUUUUUUUUUUUUUUUUAAACAUUCUGUGGAUUCUCUGUGGUCAUUGAUUUACUCAUAACAACUUUAGAGAACAGCAACAUUUUAGAAGCAUUGUGGAAGGUACUAGCAGCCAUGAUGUAAUACCAGCAGGCAGUUCCAGUGCGCCUUGAUAGUCUGAUUUUUUUGCUGUUAAGAGGACAAACAUGAUCAACUCUUGUAUGGUUUACUGUGGUAAUAGGGCAGGAAAAGCUACAGCAAAUAUCUGGUCAAUACAUUUUUCUUAACACAGGAAUCAAUUCUUUAGUGUCCUCUAUAGAGGAAAUUUGCUUUCACAAUCUGUACACAAGCAAACACUCACAAGUACUAAGCAAACAAGAAUCUUACAACAACACAAGUCUUUUACAGUGUGCCUAGGCUAUGUAAGGCAGGAAUGGCUAAGGGCAGAAAAACUCCUCCGAAAGCGAGUUUUUUUGCAGAGUAGUUGUCUGUAUCUGCGACCAUGUCUCUCUGUUUCUCUCUAGGUAGGCGAGUUAAGAUCAAUUACAUGUUUUUUUUCUGGUUAUAAAUACUGUCAUUUUUUUAUACAUUUCUCCACUGAGAUUUCUUGAUUUUGUUUUGGAUGGAAUAACUGUAUUUCCAUUGGCCAUUGGGGACCAUACACACCAAGAGGAAGAAGCUCAAUGCCAGAUGGCUCUUUACAAAUGCAAGCUUUAUGAAAAAGUGCCUGUUAUAUUUACACAUUUUUGACAGGGUAAAUACUGCUGUAGAGGAUUGCAAUAUUAUACUAGGAUGCAUGGUAUGGGAUUAAAGUUUUCUUGCCUGAUUUGGUAUUUGAGUGCCAUUUAUUGCAGAGUUUGUGUGAGCCCAGUAAUAGAUGUACCAACAUGACUGUUUUUAUGUGAAGUUGAUAGUUUUUUUCUGGUUGUUGAUUUAUGGAUGGUUAACUGUGGCUAACAGGAAAUUAUCAUGGGCUAAACAUCAGAACACUAGACUCAUAGUUUGUAUGACAUGAAAUAGCCAGGAUGUGAACGUCUGAAGGGGGCCGUCCCACCACCUGAAUAAUGUUCAUUUCAUUUUGUAUAACGGCCUCAUUUCUAUUUCAAAGAGAUGUUGCAUUUCUCUGCUUUCUUUGUCAAAGCUCUCUGCUGUCCAAGAGAAACACGUUGUUUGUGCCUUUUUUAAAUGAAAUUCAGUCUUAAUAUAAAUGCCCUGUCUAUUCAUUUUAGAACUAAAUUAUGUUUUAAUUAAAUUAAGUUUGAUUUCGUAACUAUUUACAGUGAUUUAUUCAAGCCACUGUUUUUCAUGGAAAAUGCAGUGAAAUGCUUUCUCUUUUUUACCUUCUCUUAUUCCUACAAUUUGAUCUGUCUGUGUUGUAUUGACCAUUUUAAAUAAUGGUGGCCUCUUUUGUAACAUCUUUAUGACAUUCAAAAACAUCCAUUAAAGAAGACAUGACUUGUUCAAUAAUAUAUUUUCAGAUGGAUCUAAGAAUAUGAACAUUAAUGGGAUGUUAUUGAAGAAUUGUUGAAGUAAUGAGGCUCAAAAUUACAACAUUUAAGAUGUGCUUCUACUCUACUCUGUCAUGUCUGCUUAAAGCAGAGAAGAUGCUCUUAUCAAGUCAAAUUUAAAACACUUUUUUCUUAUUAGUUUCAUUACCGUUGUUCACAUAGCAACACAAAACAAAUAGAUGACAACAAACCAGAGGAAAAAUAUAGAACAAAUCGGAACGGAACAAAUCUACUGUCUUACUGAUGACGAGCACUUCAAGUUAUUGGACAUUCAUUUAGAUCACUAGCAAAACUAACAGCUCAUCAAUGUUGUGCCAAAUGUUAUACAGUAUGUGUGGUGCUGCAAUCUGUCAUCUCUGCAUAACUUAGGUGCUGUACUUGCAGAGAUCUUCACAUUUCUCUACCUCAUUAUAGUGUAGACAUUUUAUUUCUCCCAGUGUGCAGGAAGAGCUGGCUUGCACACAUUCCAUAUAAAAAUAAAAAAUACAAUUCAUUUGGUAGCAUCCAAACGACAAUGUUUAAAGAAAAUAAUAGCAUAAGUUUAAGUUUAAUCAUAGCAUUAAGCAUAUGUUGGUCAUUAUCAUCAUGAUACCAUGAACAACAUGACUGGCUGUUUUUUUCUAUUCUUAGCCAGUCAGCUGAUGCAAUAAUGUGGAAUUAUGUAGAUACUGGGGGAUUUCUUCCGACUUUGUUUACUGAGAAGGAAAUUUAUUUGCAAAUAUAUGCAAUUAGAGUAAAAGUUUUUCACCAAUAGAUUGCGUUUUUGCAAAUUAUUUUUGUAUUGCAUGAUUCAUACUUUGAUCCCUUUUCAAUUCCUUUUAAAUUAGUCUGAUAUACUUUUUCAAUCUAGCACAAUAAAAUACAUACUUAUUGUAUAUAUUAUUACUGAAUACUGUAGAACGUAGUAUUUAUAAGACUGUAGUUUUUACUUUAAUGGUCACACUGUAUUGCUAUGAUGUAUUUAUUUUCUUUAAGCAUAUUUUUUUCAGAUAAACUGUACAUGGCCAAAUAUAGUAAUUUGAAGCUCUGUGUCAGGGUAUGUUUACUGUCAAUGUCUUCUGAUAUUAACUGUAUGUAAAACCACUGUAUGUAUGAUAAUAACUAUGUAUAUUAAGACCAGAAUAAACAGCAAUAUACAGUAGGCCUAUCCUCA